AUGUUCGAGUCGCUGGUGUCGCGGCUGACGUCGCCGCCGGUGUCGCGCCGCAGGCACACCGUGCACGCGGCCCGCGAGGUGUGCAGCGAGCCCGAGGAGGAGGCGCCCCUGCCGCGCCGCCCGCGCGCCGCCAAGCAGCUGCUCGACAAGCGGCGCAAGGCGAGGCUCUCCUGCGCCGACCUCACCGCCGCCGAGCCGGAGAGGGCGUCCCGCAUCGACGCGCUCAAGGCCUUCCUGCCGCUGCGCCAGUCCAAGUCCCUCGGGCGGCUCGACGGGCUCAAGGAGUCGGCGUAUCUCUCGGUGUUGAAUAAACGCGUUCGGGGCCUCCUAAAUGCAACGCGGUCGCGUAACUAUUUCGAAAACCGCUUCGCCGCUGACACUUGGCGGUUGCUUCCAGCAUCUCGGUUGCGACAUUUUGUCCGCGGCCUCGGCGGGCCGCACCUUUUGCCCCCUGCUAACACUGCGGACCGACCCUUUAUA